AUGGCAGAUACGGCGGACAAGGCUCAAAGGUGUGGUCAAGGACUCAAGAGUCGCAAUUUAUCGAAGCAGAGUCCCCAACAGCAUCAAAAACUAUUGAAGCCAGUACCGAUCUUACCACACCAACAUCCGCAGAAGCAGCUCCAGCAGAAUAUUCAGCAGGUGCCACAGCAGCAACCCGAACCAGAUCAUGCGAAGCUUCAAAAACUUUCAAAAAUCCAUCCGGUCAUCCCACAAGAAGCAACCCACCAGCAUCUCCAGAACCAGCCGCAGAAACCUCCUCAGAAUCACCUCCAACAACAGUCGCAGAAUCGGCAGCCGCAGCAACCGGACCACGCAAAAAAUGAAAAAGUUUUAAUUACACCACGGGUGCAAUCGCAAUCAUCACCACGGAAUCUGCAGCCGCAGUCCCAGCAGAAGCCAGAGGCGCAGCAGCAGACACAGCAGCAGGAUCAAAAAAAGGAAAAAGAUGUUGGUGAUAAUUCUAGUUACGUACAAUCCGUUGGCAGUCGGAAGGAUUUGGUAGGUCUGAUUGUGGGUGGUAGAUACCGAAUUCGAAGCUGUAUUGGCAAUGGAUCCUUUGGGGAGCUUUAUAGGGCCAUAAACCUCAGAAACGGCAAUGAAGUGGCCGUGAAAUUUGAGAGAUCUACUGCAAAAUAUCAAAUGCUGAUGAACGAAGCCCGAAUCUAUCAGGUACUGCAGGGUGGCGUGGGCUUUCCUCGCAUGCACCAUAGAGGAACCGAGGGAGAACACAAUGUGUUAGUUCUCGACUUGCUGGGACCCUCGCUGGAGGAACUCCUUAAUUUCUGUUCUCGCAGCUUUUCUACAAAGACCAUUUUAUUGCUGGCGGACCAGAUCUUGGACAGAGUGGAGUUCCUUCACAUAAAUUGCAUCAUCCAUCGAGACAUAAAGCCGGAUAAUUUCCUAAUGGGCCUGGGACGGCAUCGAACAGAGGUUUUUUUGAUUGAUUUUGGUCUCGCUAAGAAGUACUAUAGUACACGAAGACAUCAGCACAUUGCCUACUCGGAGGACAACGAUUUGGUGGGGACAGCUCGUUAUUCCAGCAUCCACUCCCAUUAUGCAGAGCAGAGUCGUCGGGAUGAUUUGGAAGCAGUGGGCUAUAUGUUCCUUUACUUACAACGGGGACAUCUUCCCUGGCAAGGCAUACGAGCACAGACACAGGCGCAAAAGCACGAAAGGAUCGCAGAGUCUAAGGUAUCCGUUCCUCUCAAUGUCCUAUGUUCAGGAGUGCCCAUUGAAUUUUACCUGUACCUUCACUAUUGCCGAGGCCUUCGGUUUCAGGAAGAGCCGAACUACGGGUACUUGAGACAUCUUUUCAAGAGCCUGUACCGGCUUAAUUUUCUUCACUACGACUUUGUCUAUGACUGGAUGCGUCCAUUGCGGGAGCGGAAGAGGCUGGAGCUGACUUUCAAGAAAAGAGAAAAGAAGGCAACCAAAUGGUAUCAACACUGGGAUAAACCUCUAAUAGCUUUCAAAUAUCCGAAGGUUAUCAGACCAGUUAUCAGAUAUAGAGCCAAAGAAAGGGAACAGAAAGAAAGGGAUGUCGAUAGAGAUCGUGAAAGGAGCCACGGCAGGUCCAUAGAUGAGGAUAGGUCUGAAGAAAGGAACAAAGGUAUAAUUAUCCAUAGAUAUAAACGUAGGGAUAACGAUAUUGAUAAUCAUUUUGAGAAAAAAAACCAUAGAAAUAUAGACAAAAAUCCAAAUAAAAACUUAGAAAAUGAUAAAGAUGGACUUAGAUUUAGAUAUAGAAGUAGAGAUAAAGAACCAGGCGUAUAUGAAGAUAGGAAUAGAUGCAAAUAUAUAUGUAGAGAAGGAAAUAGAUCUGGAGAUAAGGAUGAAUACAGGGAAACAGAUAGAUAUACAAAUAGAGAAAGAGAGAAAGUAUCUAGAGAAAGAGAUAACGAAAUAGGUGGAGAUAGAUCACAAGACAGAGAAAGAGUUAGGAACCUUAAAAACGCUAGAAACACAGAUUCUAUGAGACACAGGGAAAGAAAUAGAGAAAUUGAUAGAACUGCUGAUAGAGACAGGGAAAAAUGUAGAAAUUGUGAAAGAUAUCCAAAUAAAGAGAGUGAAAGAUACAGGAAAGUAUCUAGGGAAAAAGAUAGAGAUAGGGAGGAAGAAAAAGACAAGUAUAGAGAUAGGCAAAGAUUCAAGCAUAGACUUAGGGACAGGGAUAGGGAAAGAGUAAGAAAUCUUCAUAGAGAAGAGAAUAGCAGAGUUAGAACCAAGGAUCGCAGGGCCUUCUCCUACGACUCUACAAGAUAUCCGAAGCCUUUGGGUGACCACCAAGUGAUGAUGCAGACCGAGCGUCGAUAG